AUGUAUUUCGCCAAGCUCGAUGACUCACCCAUGUUCCGGACGCAGAUACAAUCACUUGAGGAGAGUGCUGAAUUGCUGAGAGAGAGAUGUUUGAAGUUCCAUAAAGGUUGCCGUAAGUAUACUGAAGGGCUAGGGGAAGCAUAUGACGGAGAUAUUGCAUUUGCCAGCUCGCUUGAAACAUUUGGAGGAGGCCACAAUGAUCCAAUUAGUGUUGCUUUUGGUGGGCCUGUAAUGACCAAAUUUACAAUAGCCUUAAGAGAAAUUGGAACAUACAAGGAAGUCCUGCGCUCCCAGGUUGAGCACAUGUUAAAUGACAGAUUACUGAACUUUGUUGACAUUGAUUUGCAUGAUGUGAAGGAUGCUCAUAAGCGCUUUGACAAGGCUAGCCUCUCAUAUGACCAGAUUCGCGAGAAGUACCUAUCAUUGAAGAAAGGUACCCGACCGGACAUAACAACGGCAAUUGAAGAUGAGCUUCACAGUGCUAGAUCUUCAUUUGAGCAAGCUCGUUUCAACCUGGUCACUUCACUUUCCCAUGUCGAGGCAAAGAAGAGAUUUGAAUUUUUGGAGGCUGUUAGUGCGACGAUGGACUCACAUCUUCGAUAUUUUAAACAAGGAUAUGAACUAUUGCAUCAAAUGGAGCCAUACAUUAAUCAGGUUCUUGCUUAUGCACAGCAAUCAAGAGAAAGGGCAAAUAAGGAACAAGCUUCUCUUGUAGAGAAGAUGCAUGAGUACAAAAGGCAGAUAGACCGGGAAAGUCGGUCUUCUAUAAAUGGUUUGAAUGAUUCUUAUAAUGGUGAUGGAAUACAGACAAUUGGCAGAAGUUCACAUAAACAGAUUGAGGCAGUUAUGCAGUCAACUUCAAAAGGCAAGGUUCAGACCAUUCGUCAAGGUUAUCUUUCGAAAAGAUCUUCAAACUUGAGAGCCGAUUGGAAAAGAAGGUUCUUCGUACUUGAUAGUCGAGGAAUGUUGUACUACUAUCGAAAGCAAAUUACUAGGCCACCUGCUGGUUGCUCCAUGCAAAGAAGCGUUAACCCCCCUGAACAUGGUUCUGGGUUGUUGAGCAGAUUGUUCUCUUCUCAUUACCAUGGUAUUAUACAUGAUGAGAAGUCUGUUGCACGGCAUACUGUAAAUUUGUUGACAUCAACCAUUAAAGUUGAUGCUGAGCAAUCAGAUCUGAGGUUCUGUUUCAGAAUUAUUUCACCCACAAAGAUCUACACAUUGCAGGCAGAGAGUGCUGUAGAUCAGAUGGAUUGGAUUGAAAAGAUAACUGGUGUUAUUGCGUCUUUACUGAGCUCACAAUCCCCAGAACAGUGUUUUAUGUCAAGCCCUAAGGGCAGUGGUCAUGAUAGGAGUACCAGUGAUGGAAGCUCCUUUGCAAGUUCAGUGGAAUUUGAACCUUCUGUAAUCGAUGAUUUAGUACUGGACAAGAACUCUGGAAAUGGGCAGCAUGAUGUCAGAGGCACACAUCAUCACAGAACCAGCAUGAAACCUGAAAAACCAAUUGACUUGCUUAGGAAAGUUGAUGGCAAUAAUAUGUGUGCUGACUGUGGUGCUUCGGAACCUGAUUGGGCAUCAUUAAACCUUGGCGCACUUCUAUGCAUAGAGUGUUCUGGGGUGCACAGAAAUCUUGGAGUGCAUAUAUCAAAGGUGAGAUCUCUGACACUUGAUGUCCGAGUUUGGGAGCCAUCUGUAAUCAAUCUCUUUCAGUCAUUAGGCAACAUGUUUGUCAACAAUAUUUGGGAAGAGAUGUUGCCCGAUGAUAAUUCAAGUGCUGAUGGAUCAGACACACCACAGUACCUCUCUGUUAGCAAGCCUAAACACAAAGAUGUAUUCUCUGCCAAGGAGAAGUUUAUUCAUGCCAAGUAUGUAGACAAAGAAUUCAUACGGAACCAUAGUAUGGAUGAGAAUCAGCUAGCUCAGCAGAUGUGGAAUAGUGUAGCUGCAAAUGAUAAGAAAGCAUCAUACAGUCUCAUUGUGAGAUCACGUGCCAAUGUAAAUUUAGUUUAUGGAGAGAUGCCUUGUAGCCCAUUUUUGACUCUUGGAAAAGCACUUCAGCAAGAGCAACCGGCUUCACCACCUGAUGGAAGUCCUAGAUUUUUUGAUUGCAAUUCACAUGACAAGAUUUCUCCUCGAGAGCCCCUUUCCCCUGCUAGCACGAGUUCACGCACAGAUGACAUGGAGGACGGUUGUGAAGGUCUCUCCUUGCUCCAUCUUGCGUGCCGUGUUGCAGAUGUUGGGAUGGUUGAAUUACUUUUGCAGUAUGGUGCUAGUGUAAAUAUGAAUGAUUCUAGGGGUCGCACACCCCUUCAUCACUGCAUUUUGAAAGGACGACAUUGGCAUGCAAAGCUUCUCCUCUCCAGAGGGGCUGAUUCACAAGCCAUGGAUCGAGAUGGUAGGACAGCAUUACAGUAUGCAAUCGAUGGUGGAACAAGCUACGAAGACAUUCUUGUGUUGUUAGAGGACCAUAGUAGAUAA